GCCGAUUAUGAGUCGGCGGAGUAUAGGAACACAACACUUUUGAAAAUCUCGAUUGGCGAAAGGUUUCCCGACCCUCGGAUUUUUCUUCUUUCGCCCAAUUUCCCUUGAUUCCCGAGCUGAUGGUGGUUGGUGGGAGAGCUACACACUCGCUGCGCACUCGGUGGUAAAGGUUGAUUAAGAAUUAACCAUGGCGAAGCAAGAGUUACUGACAGCAUUGGAGGAAAACAACACUGCAGAUUUCAUUAGCCUUCUUCAGAGACAUGGUAAGAAACGCAGCAACGUGGAUCUCCAAGAGGUCCUUUCUGAGUUCAGUCGAGCCCAGCACGAGUUUCUUUGGUCUUGCCUCUAUGCCUGGACCAAUGAGCAGCUCACGAGAAUGGUGGUGGAGGAGAGACCAGCAGAGGAGGCUGGAGAAGUUGCUGACACACACAGUUUAGACAGCCAACAGACUGUUCCCAUGGACGCUGAGGAAGCUGUGCAGAAGGAAGCAUACAAUGAAAAGUUAAUGGCAGCCAUCUUGGAUUUAGCCUAUAUAUACAUCAGUUCCCUGGAGGGAGAGGAAAAUUUCAUACCUGAUAAAUUAUUAGAGGUAGCAG